CCUGAACGUCAGUCUGCUCUGCUCCAAAAGAAUCAAUUUCGUUACCCUGUAUCGUAAUGUAGAUGACCUCUUCUCUAACUAUUUGUACUGUUUCUUUUGUCAAUUCUUUCCAUUUGUCUUUCACUAAACUAGUACCUAGUACACGACUAAAGACCAGUUACAAAACCAGCUACUCUCGAGAACCAUAGAUAGAGGAGGUUCACAAACGGCCUCAAGAAGAAAAUGGCAGCCACUCCUACUAGAGCACGAGCUGACUAUGAGUGCCUCGUCAAGCUCCUCCUCAUUGGCGACAGCGGAGUUGGAAAGAGUUGCAUUCUAUUGAGGUUCUGUGAAGAUUCAUUUACAACGAGUUUUAUCUCCACCAUUGGCAUUGACCUUAAGAUUAGGACAAUUGAGCUCGAUGGAAAGCGCAUUAAAUUACAAAUAUGGGAUACAGCUGGUCAAGAACGUUUUAGAACUAUCACCACAGCUUAUUACAGAGGAGCCAUGGGCAUAUUGCUGGUCUAUGAUGUUACGGAUGAAUCGUCGUUCAACAACAUCAGAAACUGGAUUAGGAAUAUAGAACAACAUGCUUCCGACAGUGUGAACACCAUUCUCGUUGGAAAUAAAGCUGACAUGGAUGAGAGCAAAAGGGCGGUGCCAACAUCACGAGGCCAGGCAUUAGCCAAUGAAUACGGCGUUAAAUUUUUUGAGACGAGUGCUAAAACAAAUCAUAACGUGAACGAAGUAUUCUUUUCGAUUGCCCGAGACAUAAAGAAAAGGCUGGCUGAGACUGAGAGUGAAAUCAGAGCAGAGCCCCCAACCAUCAAAAUCAAUAAACCAGACCCAGUAAAGAUCUCAACUGCAGAACCGCAAAAAUCAGCUUGCUGCAGCUGAAAGUCGGAGUUGUGCGUGCUGACUCUUUGCAAUUAUGAAUUAUGAUGUAAAAAACUAUGAGAAGGCAGUAAUAAGGCAAUGUUGCGCAGUUUUGAGUGAUAUGUUAGUGUAGAUCACUGUCAUUGUCUCCGUUCCUUCCCUUAUUUAUGCACGGUAGACUGAAUACUAUAAUCCACACGCAUAUUUGUUAGAA